GGCAGGCGCGGCCCCGGCGGGGGCCCGUCUCGCUGGGCUCCCUGGCCCGCGGGGGGUGGCGGCGGGUGUUUUCCACCGCAAGCGGCAGCGUUUCCUGUGUUGCAAGCUGGUAAUUCCCGAGAAUCCAGAGGCGGGCGAUGCUGCUGGGGGCCCUCUCCCUCCCCGGGACGGCCGGGCCCCUCCUCGCGGGCGCCACGUGCCUCCGCCUGCCCCGAGCCCGUGAGCGUGGGGGCAGCCGGGCCCGUCCCCCGUCCCCCCCCACCCCCAUCGUGGGGACACCCCCCAGCCUGGGCUGGCUUGGGGGGGGGGGGGACCCGGCUCCGAGCUGCCCCUCUGGGCUGCCCCUCCGGGGGCUCGGGCGGCCGCUCGCCGUCGGGGCCCUGGCGCCUCCCGCUCCCCUUUCUGCCCCCCCCCUCUGCCCCCCAGCGCAGGACACCUGGGCCCCACGUGCAGCCCUGGGCGCAGGAGUUGGUUUGUGACCGUGGGGAGCAGCGGGGGCCCCGCGGGAGGCGGCUGCUUGUGCACACGCGUGUGCAUGGGGGUGUGCACGUGCCUGUGUACAUGGGGGUGCAUGUGUAUGUGUGCAAGGGGGUGCGCACGCGCGUGUGCAAGGGGGUGCGCACGCACGUACACGUGUGCCCGGGGGAAGCAGGGCAUGUUGUUCCCCCCUGCCCCCAAACAAACCCCCCGCUCCAGGGACCCCCAAACCCCACUUGUCUCCAGGUGCCACCCUGCCCCCUAUGCAAAUCCCCCCCCCAACAAGGUGGGGGGCGGGGCUUGGCGCAGCAGGGGGCGGGGCCGCGGGGCAGAGGGGGCGGGGCUUGCCCGGCUCCACGUGGGUGCCUAUAAAGGUGCCCGGCGGAGGCGGCCGGGCUCAGUCGAGGCCCGUCCCCGAGGCGCCCGCCAUGCCGCAGAGCCUGCGCCUGCCCGCCCGGGCGGCCCUGCUGGGGCGCUGCCUGCCCGAGCUGGGCGCCCCCCGCGCCGCCCCCUCCGCCGCCCGCGGCCCCCGCGGCCUCGCCGAGAUGCCGGGACCCAGCCCCGCCGCCUUCGGCUACGAGCUGCUCUGCCGCGGAGGCCUCCGGCGGCUCCACGAGCUGCAGCUGGAGGGCCGGGCGCGCUACGGGCCGGUGUGGAAGGCGAGCUUCGGGCCGGUGCUCACGGUGCACGUGGCGGACGCGGGGCUGGUGGAGCAGGUGCUGCGGCAGGAGGGUCCCUGCCCCGUGCGCUCCCACCUCUCCUCCUGGAAGGACUACCGGACGUGCCGCGGGCACGCGUGCGGGCUGCUCACCGCGGAGGGCGAGGAGUGGCAGCGCCUGCGCAGCCUGGUGGGCCGGCACCUGCUGCGGCCCCGCGCGGCCGAGGCCUACGCGGGCGCCCUCGACGGCGUCGUGGCCGACCUGCUGCGGCGCCUGCAGCGCCAGCGCGACCGCCACCCCCAGCACCUCGUCCCCGACGUCGCCACUGAGUUUUACAAGUUCGGCCUGGAAGGCAUCUCCUCGGUGCUCUUCGGGUCGCGCCUGGGCUGCCUGGAGCAGGAGGUGCCGCGGGACACGGAGACCUUCAUCCGCUCCAUCAACACCAUGUUCGUGAUGACGCUGCUCACCAUGGCCAUGCCCCGCGUCCUGCACCGCCUCUUCCCCAAGCCCUGGAGGACCUUCUGCGAGGCCUGGGACUACAUGUUCGCCUUCGCCAAGGGCCACGUCGACCGGCGCCUGGCGGAGGCGGCCGAGCGGCUCUCGCGGGGCGACGCGGCCGAGGGCGACCACCUCACCUACCACCUGGCCCGGGAGAAGGUGCCCAUGAAGGUCAUCUACGGCAACGUCACCGAGCUGCUGCUGGCCGGCGUGGACACGAUCUCCAGCACCUUGUCGUGGAGCUUGUACGAGCUGGCGCGGCACCCCGAGGUGCAGGCGGCCCUGCGCCGGGAGAUCGCGGCGGCGCUGGGCGACGGCGGCACCCCGGCCGCCCAACUCGCCCGCAUGCCCCUGCUCAAGGCCGUGGUGAAGGAGACACUCAGGUUGUACCCCGUCAUUCCCGGCAACGCCCGCGUCAUCUCCGACCGGGACAUCCGCGUGGGAGACUACCUGAUCCCCCGCCAGACCCUCAUCACGCUGUGCCACUACGCCACGUCCCGCGACGCCCGGCUCUUCCCGGAGCCCGACGCCUUCCGGCCGGAGCGCUGGCUGCGCCGCCAGCCCGGCCGUCACCCCUUCGCCUCGGUGCCCUUCGGCGUGGGCAAGCGCAGCUGCGUCGGCCGCCGCGUCGCCGAGCUGGAGAUCCACCUGGCGCUGGCGCAGAUCCUGCGGCGCUUCGAGGUGAAGCCCGAGCCCGGCGGGCGCCCCGUGAAGCCCAUGACGCGGACGCUGCUGGUGCCCGAGACGGACAUCAACCUGCGGUUCCUGAGCUGCUGAGCGGGACCCCCCCGGUCCGCCUCUCUGCGACCCCUCUGCCCCCCAAUUAAGCCCCCCCAGUGCCCUAUUUAUUGCUCUUAAGGAGACGCCGCAGGCGGCACCCGGCUCACCCAUGGCAGAGCCCGGCCGGUCGGGUCUGUCCGCGUCUCCCGCUUGCCUCUCGCUCCCGGCCCCGCUGCAACGAUAUUUAAAGGUUUAUUUAUUGCUCCGCGGAUAUUAAAUGAGUUUGUACAGAA